AUGGCAAAGGCAAAAGCACCACCAGGCGUGCAAAAUAAACACAUUUACGCCAGAGCGUCAUACCUCUACCAGGCCGCUGCUUUUCUUGCCACUGCGUCCUUCCCGCCCGCGCCUCGCACCAACGAUGGCGCACAAGCAGCAAACAACCACGGCAAUGACGCAUUAUCAAAAGACAUGCAUCAAUCGCCCUCGGCAAAGGACAUAACACACCCGCCCGCGGAGAACCGCCAGCGCAGAGCCCUGCAAAACAUGUCUCGGAGCCUCCUCGUCGACAUGCGCGCCGUCUCGGCCAAGGUGCUGAUACGGCAGCGUCCCGGCCUCAAGCGCACCAUCUGCCGAUACUGCGACGCGUUGCUCGUCGAGGGCCAGUCCUGCGAUGCCGCCAUCGAGAACGCGAGCCGCGGCGGGCGCAAGCCGUGGGCCGACGUCCUCGUCGUCCGCUGCCGCGCGUGCGGCGGCGCAAAGCGCUUCCCAGUCGGCGAGCUUAGGACGAAGCAGGUGCGUAAAGGCCUGCGGCAGCCAGCAGGAGAUAAACAGGAGCAGGGUACCGUGACGACAAGCGCGUGA